GAUCUCUGAAGAUGGAGGUUGAAGAUGGAGCAGACCUCUGCUUUCCACAACUCCUGAACACCUCCUGCAAGAAGCCCACCUCUCCUUGGCCCGAAGCUGUGAUCCUUCAGACUUUGCUGUCCACCAUCUCUCUGCUCACUGUAGCUCUCAACCUGCUUGUCAUCAUCUCAGUCUCACACUUCAGUCAGCUCCACACUCCCACCAACAUCCUCCUCCUCUCUUUGGCUGUCUCAGACUUUCUCGUGGGCCUCCUGCUGAUGCCGGGAGAACUCAUUCGAAAAACAUCCUGCUGGUUUCUUGAUACUGCAGCCUUGCUCCCGUGAGGCCAACGUACUGUAGAGAGGCUGUGGAGUGACUGAGAUCAGAGUUGCUCUAUCCAAAGAAAUUAAUACGUUCAUGUUGUUCAAUGA